CGCCAAACCUGGCUCACAGAGCUAAUAUGAUGCACAGAAUCAAGCUCUAUAGCUGACGUUACUCGACGGAUCGACUGGUUCGACGAGGAGUGUAGGAGGGUGAUGAACGAAGAUAAUGCCGCGCGGGCGGUUGUAGUGCAAAUAGGCACCCGUCGAAAUGUGGAAAAUCACCGACAGCGGAAGAGGCAGCGAGUCCGAAUUUUCCAGGAGAAAAAGCGCCGCCUAGUGGAGAAGGAGCUCGAGGAGCUGGAGCAUCGUUACCAAGAAACUCGAAAGUUCUAUCAGAAACUCAACGCAUCCCACAAAGGCUUCGUACUGCAAGCCGAAAUGUGCCGGGAUAAGGACGGAGGCAUCUUGACGGACAAUCGUGAGAUGAUCAAAAGGUGGAAUCAGCACUUCGAUGAACACCUGAACGGCGCACAUGCAGGAGAUCAAGACGGUGGGGGAAGGUAUAUUGCCGGCGUAGAUAACGACGCAGAGGAGCCACUCCCAACGAUGAGUGAAGUUAAGGAAGCCAUUCGCCAGCUGAAUAGCAACAAGUCGGCUGGGAAGGAUGGUAUCGCAGCUGAACUCAUCAAAAUGGGCCCGGACAAGUUUUCCGAUUUCCUACACCGGUUGAUGGUCCGGAUCUGGGACAUAGAACAGCUACCGGGCGACAAAUUGGACUGUGCGAACUACCGAACGAUCGCUGUCCUAAAUGUCGCCUACAAAGUGCUGUCCCGAAUCGUGUUUUAUGGAGGGACGGUCAACGACGAACCAGAUCUUCACAUUACGGCAAAUCCUCCAAAAAUGCCGAGAACACCAAGUCCCUACGCACCACCUAUUCAUCGACUACAAAACCGCAUACGACACGAUCGACCGUGACGAGCUAUGGGAAAUCAUAGACGAGAACGGCUUCUCCGGGAAGCUGACCGGACUGAUCAAGGCGACGAUGGAUGGAUGUGUGCGGAUUUCGGGUGAAUUGUCGAGUUCUUCGAAUCAUUCAGGGAGCUUCGAAAAUGUUGUAGUAAGCGGUGAUAACCGAUGACAAUCAUGUUAAAAAAUAAAAUUUGUUAUUCUAUUCCUAACCAUCAAACGAACAAGUCGUUUUAAUUACAAAAGGUUAUGGGCCCAGUUCUCUCUGCCUUGAAGUUGAGUACAUGGCGUUAUCUGGAGCGGUACAGGAAGCAACCUGGUGGAAAGGUCUUACUGGUCAAUUCGAAGAAAGUGGUCCCCUGGUUAUUCGAUGUGACAAUCAGAGCACGAUUGCCUUUGCUCGGAAUGGCGCAACAAACUCCCGUACCAAGCACAUCGAUUUGCGUCAUCACUUUAUUCGAGAUCUUCUGGAUAGGCGAGUUGUGGAGAUCGAACAUGUGGCAUCCGACGAUCAAGUGGCAGAUGGUCUUACGAAGCCGUUACCCCGAAUGAAGCUGGAGAAGGACCGAGAAGCUAUGGGUGUCAUCGCUUAAGGAGGAGUG